AUGGUCAAUCUUUCCUCCCUUCUUUCCGUCGUCCUCGUCGUCGCCGGCGCCGUCGCCGCCCCGGCCGAGGAGGGCUUCACCCUCGACAAGCGCGCGGGAACCCCCAGCUCCCAGGGAACCCACAACGGCUUCUUCUACUCGUGGUGGACCGACAACGGCGCCACCGCCACCUACACCAACCUCGCUGGCGGCAAAUACUCCGUCUCGUGGGGAACCGGCGGCAACUUGGUCGGUGGUAAGGGCUGGAAGCCCGGUCUGACCGCAAGGACCAUUCAGUACUCCGGUACCUACCAGCCCAACGGCAACAGCUACCUCGCCGUCUACGGCUGGCUACGCAACCCUCUCGUCGAGUACUACAUCGUCGAGAACUUUGGCACCUACGACCCCUCCUCCAACGCGCAGAAGCUCGGCGUCGCGUACUGCGACGACGGCACCUACGACAUCGCCAAGACCACCCGCACCAACGCCCCCAGCAUCGACGGCACCCAGACUUUUACCCAGUACUGGUCCGUCCGCCGGACGAAGCGCACCGGCGGCAAGGUGAACACGGGCUGCCACUUCGAUGCUUGGAAGAAGGCCGGCCUCACCAUCGGCACGCACGACUACCAGAUCGUGGCCACCGAGGGAUACUUCAGCAGCGGGUAUGCCGAGAUCACCGUUGCUGAUGUCGGCUAA